AUGCUUCCAUCAACAGGUUAUUUUAAAGGCAUCAAUUGUCCGUUUUAUGAAAACGGCUAUUGUGAGCGGCCUUACUGUCACUUUAGACAUACACGAAAAGAUGGAGCUACCACAUCUACAGCUAUUGUUUCUGAAUCAAUAUCAAAAGCUCAACAAGUUGAGAAGAAUGAAGCUAGUCCAUUGAAUUCUGCCAAUUCUGAAGUACUUCAGAAAAUCAGUGAAGCUGUAAAAAAAGCACUAGCUGAUGAAAAUCUUACAGAUGCUGAUAGUAUUGCCAAUAAAGUUGUAGAGGGUCUUAAUAAAAAACUAGUAUCAAAUGUACUUACAACAUCUAUAAGUAAUAAUGAUACUUCUUCAAUUGUAUCCAGCAGUAAACAUUCAAAAGUAUCUCCUCCACUGCAGUAUACUCCAACGCCGAUUGCUGAAUUAAAAAAGCGACACUUACCCGUCCCAGCUUAUGAACUUACUCGUGAAAGCAAAGCUGUUAAAAGAAAGGUUUCUGGUAAUGAAAAACCAUGGAUGGAUAUAAUUCGAAAUGUUGGUACAGCAAAAGAAUCUGCACCGUCUUAUAUACCAACAGCAAUAAACCCAUCUAAGCCAAUUAAUAAAAAUUCAACUCUUGAAUAUAUUCCAUCUACAAAAUAUGAUUCCUACUUAGAUGCAUGUGAAACUACUAGCAUUAAUGAUGAUGCAUAUGUACCAGAAAAAAUCAAGAGAAAGGAUGACGCAUAUUAUCCUAAACCAAAAAAACGAAGAGAAGAAUAUGUACCAAGAAAACCAAAAGUACCAUUAAACAUACAUUUUAAUGAUGAAUCUUAUGAGGAUCUUGAGAAAAUUACAUACAACCCAGAACUCAAUAUAAGUUCUGCACAAGAUAAAUCUGAUGAUAUUAUGGAAAUCCCACUGACAACAAUUGAAAAGCCUUUGGAUGAAGAAGUUAUUACUGUAUCAGAUGAUGAAGAUUGUAAUGAUCAUUCUAAUUUAGAUCUAUUACUCAGUAAAGUUUUUGAAGAUGAAGUGGUAGAAAAAACGAUUGUUAAAACAGAAAAGGUGGAUCACAUUGUUGAAAAUUUGAAUGAUAAUAAUUCAGAUGUACUGAGAUUUAGAAAAGAAUCCAUAAAAACUGAAAAAAAUGAUCCAUUGAUGGUUUUGGAAGAUAUUCCAAACGUUGAUCCAAAACUUGGUAAGAUUAUUAAUGAAUCCAUCAAAUUGGAAAAAGAUGCUCAAAAAACGAAAGAAAUUGAUAUUAGGAAUACAUUAAACCAAAAAGAAGAUAUUGAGCAUCAAAAAAAUAAAGAAGUUGAUUCAAGGUAUUCAAAAGCUAAAGAUAAAGACAAAAAUAAGGAAAAAGAAAGAAGAACGGAUAAAGAACACGAAGAGAAAAAAAAUAAAGAAAAAAUUAAAGAUAAAGAUGAUAAAAAAAGUAGGGAAAAAGAUAAACACAAACAUAUUUCUAGAAGUAAUGAAAAAGAUCGUUCAUCAUCAUCUUCAAGAGACAGAAAAAGAGACAAAGAUAGUCGAAGUAAAGAGUCGAGUUCUACGAGUAGUAGAAGAAGGAGCAAAUCUGAAAAAGAUAAACGUUCAAGUUCAAAAGAUUCUAGAGAUAAGAGAGAAUGUAAGGAUAAAUCUAAUCACAGAACAGAAGAAAAAGAUAAAAGUCGAAGCAAAUCCAGUUCAACAGAACAUAAAAGUAAAAGUAGCUCUCACAGAAGUUCUAGUAACAAAAGUUCUCAUAGCCAUAAGUCUGACAAAGCAACUGAUGAUUUAAAAAAUAUAAGCGCAGAAAAGUCAAGUGAUAUUAAUAAAUGUGAUAGCCCUGAGUAUGAAGAGUUUUCACCUAUCAAUGAUAACUCACUUUUUGAUGAAUCUGAUUCUGAGUAUGAUGUGGAAGAAGAAUGUAGAAAAAUAUUUCAGGAAUAUGAGGUCAUCGAACAACCAAAAGAAGUUAAGACUGAAUCUAAACCAAAUGUGGAAGAACCAGAAGAAAUUGGGAAAAAACGCAUUGCUCAUGCAUCUGCUUCUACAAAUAUAAUAAAAUCAGUUGGACCAACUCAAGUUCAAAAACGCCUUCCUAAUCCUCAGCAAAAAAUGUAUGAAAGAUGGCGAUUAUCGAAAGAAAUUGCAGCCAAAAAAUCUGAAGAAAAAGAAGCCCACACUGAUAAAGUUUCCAUGAAAAUGGCCAAUGAAAAAACUUCCAAUCCUGGUUCAACUUCUCAUAAGGAGUCAACAGUUAAUGGAAAUAAUCGAGUUCGAAUAGCUGGGGUUCCUUAUGCUAUGUUAUUGGCUCUGGAAAAGAAAAAAGUCAUGCAACAAGUAACUAAAGUGGAAACCAAGACCAUUGCACAAACUCAAAAAGGAAAAGGUGCUCGUGUUGCCCAUGUGCCUCAAGUGGUACCGCAAUUAACUCGACCGGAACCUAUACAACCAUCAGGAACAGCAAAGUUUCCGUUAAACGUGCGUCAGUUUUAUGUAAACGCUAUGCAAGAUAUUUGUGUGCAAAUUUAUGACUGUCAUGACGAUGCUGCCCAAAGAGCUACUCGCGAAGAAUUAACUUGCUACGAAAAGUGCAAAGCACUAAAUGUGUAUAAAAACUCAUGCAUGUUGACUGUACAUAGACUGCGUAAAGAAGUUGAUCAGAAAAGUGCAGAGCCAACAACAUCUGCUGGUGCAGGUAUGGUUUCACAUGAAGCCAUCCUGUUGGGAAAAGUUAAGGGUAGUUUUAGUGUUGUUAAACCAAAGAAAUUCAUUGUAAAUUUCAAAGGUGAAACACUAUAUAAUAAGCUUUCAAAGUGGAUACUGACUGAUCAGCAACUCAAAGACAAUGGUUUUCCAAGGCCACAUCCUGAAGGACCAAAGGGUCGAGCAAAACUAUAUUCAUACAGUACAAGAGGUCAAUCAAAUCCAUCCAAAGUGCCUAACCAGCGAUUCUGCUGCCGUUGUAAUAAACCAUUUAUGGUUGAUAAGCAUGGCAUACCCAUAAAAAAGGAAAAUUGUAUAUAUCAUUAUGCUAGAAAAUUCACAUUUAGAGGAGAAAGUAAAUACAUGUGUUGUAAACAAGAUGGUUCAUCAGAUGGCUGUUGUGAUGCUCCAACACAUGUUUGGGAUUUGCUAGAUCUCGAAAAUUUAAGGGGUUUUGUAAAAACAUUAGAUAAAGAUGAUUCUGCCCCUGAAAAGCAAGGCGUUUACGCUCUUGACUGUGAAAUGUGUUACACUACUCAAGGUUUGGAACUUGCACGCGUUACUGUAAUUAAUGAUGAUUGCGAAGUCAUUUAUGAAACUUUAGUAAAGCCAACAAAUCCAAUUAUUGAUUAUAAUACAAGGUUUUCUGGUAUUACCGAGGAACACAUGGAAAAUGUGACAACUACAUUGUUAGAUGUUCAAGCAACACUUCUUUCAAUGUUUUCAUCUAAAACUAUACUCGUGGGUCAUAGUUUAGAAAGUGAUUUUAAAGUGAUGAAACUUUUACAUGAUACAGUUGUCGAUACUAGCAUUAUGUUUCCACAUAAAAAUGGUCCACCUUUCAAAAGAGCUUUGAAAAAUUUAUGUUCAGAUUAUCUCCGAAAAAUUAUACAAAAUGACGUUGCUGGUCACGAUAGUAAGGAAGACGCUGUUGCUUGUAUGGAAUUAAUUGUAUGGAAAGUGAAAGAGGAGGCCAAACUGCAGUAAAAUAUUUUUACUGCGCGAAAAGUCGACUUACUAAUUUACUGCCAAAUGUUAAAUUUACUCUGUAUAAUAGUGUAUUAUAAGUACUUCUACAUCACUAUAGAAGCUAGGUAUCAUUGAAUCGGAUUAUUUUAUUGUGCUCUUCCAAGGUCUUUUUAAACAUAGAAUUAUUCAAGCUCAUAAUCUAUGAGUUAAAAUGUACAAGUGCGAGUGAUAAGGAAAUGACUGAUCCUAAUUUUUGUUAAAUAUAUUUUUAUUUUAAUUGAAGAAUCUGAAAAAGUGCCCAAGCGUGCCUUUUGAGUUUAUCUUAAUUUCGCGCAUGAAUAUAAAAAGUGUACCAAGUAGAUCAUGACAUUACAAUACUUUGUUAUCGGAAUAAUUCAAUUUGAAUUAUGCACACAUUCAUUUAUUCUUUUGGUAAAUCAAUCUUCACAAUGUGGUAACUUAAAUUCUCAAUAAUACAUCGACUAGUUAUUUUUUAAUUAUCGUAAAAUAUUUAGAUUUUUGUACAUUCAAGUAUUUAUACUAAAUAAAAUUAAAAAUA